AUGUUCAAUCUCAACCACAAUUUUACUAAUCAUAACAUCCUUAAUGUGAUCUCUGAAUGUAUCAAUAAUAAUGAUAAUGUUUCUCUCAUUACCAUUCCUGAUUUAGAGGAGAUAAAGAAUGUUGUAUUCAAUAUGAGCCCUUCAAGUGCUGCUGGCCCUGAUGGAUACAAUGGCAAUUUCUUUCAAAAGUGUUGGAAUAUCAUUCAAGAGGAUAUCAAAAACAUGGUUCAUGCCUUCUUCAAUGGAAAAAAUUUGACCAAGUUCUACUCACAUACUUGUUUGAUUCUGAUUCCCAAGGUAGAGUCUCCUUCUAACUUUAGAGAUCUAGGACCAAUUAGUCUUAGUAACUUCACUGCCAAGAUCAUCUCUAACAUCCUUUCCAUCAGGCUGAAUCCUUUACUAGAUAAGAUUAUCUCUGAAAAUCAGUCUGACUUUGUCAAAGGCAGACUCAUCACUGAAAAUGUUCUUCUAGCAAAAGAAUUAGCCCAAGGGGUGUCUCAGAGUAACCAUGGAGGCAACAUGAUCAUCAAGUUGGAUAUGGCUAAAGCCUAUGGCAAAAUGUCAUGGGAUUUUCUAUUGGCAGUUAUGAGCAAAUUUAGCUUCCCUGACAGCUGGAACACUCUUAUUAGAAGACUCAUAUCUGAUGUGUGA